AUGUUCAGCUUCGGACGAUCGACCUCUGGUCGGUCAAAGACCGGCUCAGAGCCCUCAAAGUCCAAGCAUAGGGAAGACGGUGAGGAUGAGUCGACCAUAUCGAGGAAGAAAUCGCGCUCCAAUAUGUCCAGCACAUCUCUUGCUAAACCACGACGCAAAUCAUCCCGACGCGACGAUGACCCAGAGACUGGAAGCACAUACCACUCCUCCACUUCCAAGAGUAGACGUGCCGAUACCGCUCCGUCAGAAUCCUCUACCUAUGUCACUGCGCAUUCUCGUGGACAGGAUAAUCCUGAGAGAUCGUUGGCUCGACGAAGAACCGAUGACGACACUUAUGAGUACGACGAACCCAAUACUCAACGAAGAAGCGGAGCGCAAAACAACAAUGAGAGAGCUUUAGUGUCGAGGGAAGAAGAUCGAAGAGCGGACGACUAUAGGCGAAACUACGAUCAGAACGACGGCUGGGUGUCCGAUGGAAAUGAGAGGUCGCUAGCUACAUACCGAGGAAGCAGAAACGAUGGCUAUGAUCAAGAUGGCGAUGGAAGGGCACUGGUUCUCCGACAGAAGGAAGAAGAUCAUUAUGCCAGACCGGACCAGCUAGAAUCAAGUCGAAAGCCUCAGAAAUCGAGCAGAACUGAUAGGGGGUCGAAUCGCAGCGGUUAUGAGGACUCGAGGCGUGCGGCUACUCGCUCUGUUAGCGAUGCGCCACACCACAGACAAUCUCGACGAGAGUCCGAGCGAUACGAAAGUAGUCGGGCCUUAAACAAUCAUGACGCCGCGCUGCCACAAAAUCAAUUCUUCUCUGAGCCAAACACAUAUACCCCUCCAUAUCGACCCCCACUGAUUGGGCAUGCGUCAGACUAUUAUGGCGAUCAGGGCGAAUCCGUUCAAUUUCAGCCUGGUGUGCGCCCCAACGUACCUGCAUAUGUGGUCAACCAGGAACAGCUCCAUUUACAAGCACCGACAGUCGAUGCUAAACCUCCUCCUGAACCAAGUGCGAGUGGUCAGAUGGGCGCAGCUGCAAGCUUUUAUGCUAUGAACUCUGCUAGCGAACCUGAGAAUGUGAAGCCAUCAAAUUCUGGCUCUUCACAGAAGCCCACCAAGGUCAAACCAGGUCAACGUGAGAGUCCAAAACGUUGGAGUCGCCCUUCUCAGUCAAGUGCGGGUUUUAAUCCUCUUACAGCGGCUGCUGUUAGCGUCGGCGCAGGAGCUGCUAUGAAUUAUUUCGGCAAUAACCAGACCACUCAGCACGAUUACAAACAACACGGUCAUUACGCCCAGCAGAAUGGGCAGGCUCACCAAGCUCAAUAUCAUUCAGGAUCGCAAGUUCAAGAGCCUGCGGAUAUGUAUGGUCCAGAUCCUCGCCCUCUACGUCCCGAGCAAUCAAGUCAACCUGGCCACGGUCUCGGCACUGCUGCAGCCAUGGGCUUGGCUGGGGCUGCUGCUGGUGCGUACAUGACUCACCAAAAUCACAACCAACAACAGGCACAUCAUUCGACCCAUUCAGGCAUGCAAGGCUACGGGUCAAGCUCCAAUUUCCAGAUGGGCCAGAAUCAGUCAGUUUUUCCCACUAUGCAGCAACAAAAGCUGAGGCGCAAACGAACUGGUCCGCUCGGCAAGUUAGCCAAUUGGUGGAACGCUCCCCAAGAUGUGGCUCAUUUUGAGGAGUAUACUGAGUACAUCGGGGUCUGUAAGUACUGUUUUGACCCGGACUCUCAGCCUGGACACGGCCCUCGAAAGCAUCAUUAUCACCACAAUCUCAAGCGACAUCCAAGUAGGCAAGGAGGCAACCUGCGAGUGGACAAACCGUAUCGGCAUUCUUCCUCAGACGACGAGCGCAAGAAGUCAUCUAAUGUCAAGAAGGCUGCCGCUGUAGGUCUUGCAGGUCUAGGUGCUGCAAAGCUUGGGAACACGCUCUACAAUUCGAGACACGACUUUGACGAUACCUAUUCGGUCAAAUCGGGCAGACCAAUCGUACAGCAGCGAACAAGCUACUCGAGAAAAGGCGAUGACCGUGUACACAGUCGCCAUUCCUCGCAAGAAGAUUUACGUUUACAUCGGAAAAGUUCGACAAAUAAACUCGAUCGCAGAAGUGCGGAAAUUGGACACUCCAGGCCUCGGCGGCGACGCUCAUCAGGUUCCUCAACAGAAGGCCGGAGCCGUGGCAAUGUGGCAAGUGUAGCAGUUGGUGCGGCCGCUCUUGGUGUAGCAGCUGAGGCAGCGCAUCGACGUCGCAGUAGAUCGCGUAGCAGAGAGCGACCAUCGACACGUCGGAAGUACUUCUCGAAACGUGUAUCUCCCCAGCACUCGUAUGUGGACCUUACAGCAACCGAGCAAGGCAAUACUGGUUUUGGCUCCUUCUUUAGCAGUCCUUCUGCCAAUCAGAAGAAGGGCAAGAAAUCAAAAGGCAUCUUUACCUUCUCAAAUGCCUCAUCGUCCUCGUCCGAUGCAGAUUUGGCUUUUGGAGAAGGCACCAUUAGACGGCAAAGUUCUACCAAAUCGGACUCGAGAAAUGAGAGACGGAGAAAAGAUCGAUAUGGUGGCAAUGAUACCGCGGCUAUUAUGGGAUUGGCAGCUGCUGGUGCUGCACUUGCUGCUGAAAGCGACAAAAAAGAUCAUACUCAAUCAAGACCUGGCCGCAAGAUCAAUCUAAAAGACAGCGAGACUACGAACCAUGAGUACGACGACAUAUGGGAGGACGCAAGUGACGACGAGUCAAAUGAUGGUGUUGACAUGGGUCUAGCGUAUGGCGGCCGGCUUUCUACAACACAAAGUAAGGAGUCAUUGGCAUCGCAAUCAUCAGGAACAGGCAAAUGGGACUGGCGGUGGAACAAGAAUAAGAAAGAACGUGAGGAAAAGAAGCUCAAGCGACGACAAUCUAUGGAAGCUGCCAAGCAAGACCAAGAGGUUCUGCAUCAGCGAUCUGGACCUGAGAUCGUCCAAGCUACCCAACCUCGUAUGCCAGGAUCGUUCGAUCAGCCCUUCGAGCCGACUAGCUCCAGUUACUUCAACCCAACCGUGGCAGCAACAGCAGCAGUCGCAGGCCUGGGAGCUUUAGCUGCUUCAAGAACUGACAUGCCGAGCGGCCCGUCUUCAUCGUCCAAACCCUCGAUGCAAUAUAUCGAUCCAAUACCGUUGUCCGAGUCCACCACUCCAGUCGGCUCGUCAAGGGUUAUUUCUCAGCCAGAAAUAAAUGCUACUGCUAACCAACCACCACUACGACAACCGCAACCUACGGGCCGACCUUAUCCGCAUGCUGGUGAACUGGAUUCGUUUGUCUCUCCUGAUCCUACCACAUUUUCAUCAGAUGAAAAUCCGACUACACGUCGUGAAAUUAGACCUCGCGAGGAUUUUGAAAGGCGUCGAGCAUCCUCUACCACGACUCCAAUCAAGCCCGCUAGUCCAGAUCCCGCCAUGUUCAAUCCUUCGAGCCUCAGCAGGAACAGCGUGUCCUGGGAUCUGACUCCAGAACAGCUCGAUAACGAAAGACGUGUCCGCGAAAAGGAACAGCGACGAAUUCGUAAACGUGAGAAGGAAGAACGUCGCCGCACCACGGAUGUAGCUGAGCUGCAGAGAGCUGCAGAAGAUGAGCAGCAACAAAGUGUGGCAAGGGGAUCAGAUGCUACUGUGGACAUAGCGCCUAAUGAGAGCACAAGACAAUCCGGCCGCCGGGCAUCUGUUGGUGCAUCAUCGCGCACUGAAGCCGAUAUCGAUGCCGAGAUCGAGCGACUACGCGCAGAGCAGAAGCAACAGCAAGAAGGACGAAGAAGGCGAAAACAGGAAGAAGAGCGGCGGCAGAAAGAAGAGGAAAAUCGUCUAGAGCAAUCACAGAAACAUCGCGAAGAGGAAGCAGCACAAACUCGACAACAGGAUGAACAAAACCGCAAGUCAUUGCCAAUAGAAAUUACUGCGGCUGCCAUAGCCGCUGGUGCUGGAAUCGCUGUAGCCACAGCUGUUUCUAGCCACAAGAAAGACGCUGCGGACCCAGAGGAAGACAAGCGGAAACAGAAAUCUGGCAAAAAGCGACAAAGUAUUGAGCGAGCAGAGUCGCCAGUUCGUGACGCUAAAAAAACACAACCAGGUGAAUCUAUUCGUGAGAGUCCAGAACAAAGAAUUGCACGUAGGGCUGCACAGAGAGUAUCUCGGAGCCCGUCGCCUAUGUACGAAGACUACAAGUCAUUCUUCGUGCCUGAAGAGAUUGCCGCGAAGGUCGAGGAAAACAAUCGUGCUGCUCAGAAUCGUGUCGACGUGUCGCCCACCAUCGUCGAUAUCGUGCCUUCCUUCACAUCAAGUCUGUCUCCAUCGAAGCGAAGGUCGCAUUUCGAUAAAGAUCUCUAUGAGAUUUAUGGCUUGGAUGAUGGCCAUAAAGAUCCACUAACACUACCGUGGAAAGUUCCCCGACUGAGUCUGAUAGAGCCUACACCACCGGCAAGCCGCGCGGUCAGCGAACAGGACCCUCAUAGCCCUUUGGCGCCUUCAAUGCAACAACAAACUCCGAAGACGAUCGACGAGCAAGAAGAGAGCACUGGCGAACCAAUAAUGCGAAAGAGGUCCGGCUCUAAAGUCACCUUUGGGAACCACGACACCUGGGUUUACGAGGCCAGAACACCUGAAUACGAACGCCAGGACCCGGCGGAGCAAACCAAAAGAUAUGAGCAGAUAGAAGAUGACCUGCAGCAUGACGCUCAAGCACACAGUCCAGAACCAGAAGCCUUUUACGCCGAGCCAGGGAGUGCGCAAGUUCCAGAGGUACAUCCUGAGCAAUUUUACAGACCAAGACCAGAACGUUUGUACACUUUGGAGGAUGACGACGAAGAGGCUAAAUUCUUGCAUGAAAGAUCUUUUGCUGGCGAGUCGUCCCGACUAGAAGGUCAAGACCUGGCAUCAGCGCCUGCAGUCCACGAGCCAGUACAAGAAGAUCAUCCACCAGAUGAGCAGCGAUACUCUUCUGCUGAACCUACUCCACUAGACGAACGCGGCUUGGCGGACCUGCUUGGAGCCAAGAGCUUUUACCAGAGUCCGUUCGUCCAUUCAGUGGACGACAUGGAGGAUGAGGAGGUCCCCUCUUCUCGCCGACCGGAGCUGAGCCGUGUUGAAACUUUGCCUGACGAAACACUCCAGCAAGAACCACUUCCUCGUCCAGCAACAGAACCAGCAAUUAAAUCGUAUUUCGAGAGCAAGUCUUCUGCCGAGUCGUCUAGGCAAAGCAGAAUUGAAGCCAGACGCGCGGAACGGGCUAGCUCCGCGGUCGGCACGGAUUCUCAGUCGCACAAAGUCGAUUCCAGUCCUGCAGCCGUCAGAGCGGAACCAUCUACUGCUGACGAACGACCAGCAGUCAACCCUACUGAGAUUCCCCUACCGCCUUCACGACGUGACACUGGACGAUCCGACUCGUCAAAGCCCAAUCCUGCUUUGCGAAGUGCAUUUAUGGAUGUGGCAGCCGCCGCGGCAGCAGCCUCCGCUGAAAAGAAUCGACGGCAGACUCUCGUUUCUACAGCAAAGCCAGAUGCGGCCAAGGUCAGCGAAGUUGACGUCUCAGCUCCCAUGCCUGCAUCACAAACUCCGCGGGAACGAUCAUCCAGUCUGGCAGCUGGGCCCAAGAAAAAUGGCGCCUCAGUAUUUGACUAUCUUGCUGGCUCCUCCAACGACGAAAAGAUCAAACCUUCACGCGCAAGGAGCGAGGUUGGUGGUACCUCGAAGGCUGCGAUGAUCGCAGCCGCAUCUGCGGCCAUUGCUGGUAUCGGCGCAAAACGUGCGGAGGCAACACAUGCUGAACCCAAGUCGGAUCUAGGUUCUCGUAGAUCAGUGCCUGACUUGAAGUCUGAGAAGUCCGACCUAAGUGCGAGGAGUCGAAAGUCGGACACUCCUGCCCCUACAUCUAGAGACAUUGUCAUGCCUGUCGCGCCGCCCGCACCUGUGGCCGAGCCCGAAUCAAGAGCCUCAAAGGCUGCACCCAGUGCUGUCGCUCCUCAAGUCGAGCCAGAUUUCUACAAUGCUGAGCCUGAGAAACUGAAGAAGCGGAAGUCCAAGCGUGGCAGUGAGAUUUUCGAUGAUUUUGGAGCUUCCAAGUCAAUGACAAGUCUGCCCAGCACUAAGGACGAAGAUUCGAAGUCUCGCCGCAAAUCAAGGCGGCAGACCGACUAUGACGACGGCGAUGAUGAUACUCAAUCAGUUGCCAGCACCACAGUUCUGCGGGACGAAGACAGAAAGUCUCGAAGGAAGUCAGGACAGGAUGCUGACUGCUUUGACGUUGAAAAUUCACAGUCCGUAACCUCCAGGCCUGCUGAGGAAGAGAGCUCCAGGAGAAGAUCAAAGCGUGACUCAAAGGCUUAUGAUGACGACGACGAUACAAAAUCAGUAAAGAGCACAUCAAGCAGAAGCGAGCGCAAGUCGCGAGAGAAGGACUCGAAGCGAGGUUCUGGUGGUUGGGAUGAUGACGACGAUGCCCGAUCUAUCAAGAGCUCCUCAAGUAGGAAAGACAAGAAGGAGAAGGAAGAGCGUAAAUCUGGAGGCUUCUUCUCAGGUAUUUUCUCGAGCAGCAAGUCCGAUGUUAGUACACCUCGACGCAAGGAUUCUAAAUCCAGCAAAUCAGACCUUGGACGCCGAGAUGAUUCUGACGACGACGUAAGGCGUCGAAGGAAGCACUCAUCCAAAUCUGCAGCUUCAGCUAGUGUUCCCGACCUCUCUAAGCCGCCAGCAGAUUACGAAAUCUCACCAAGCAUAUCUCGAAAGCGCGUACAAUCCAACACGACUGAUGAGGUACGUGAUCGCAGUACCGAUGAUGGGUUUGUUUCAGCACAGGAUGAGCGGUCUUUUUUAGCGGAACGCCCCGAAAUGCCACUACCAACGGCCAAAACGGACGUGUCAACGGGUACUAACGGUGUCUCGGGGCUCGAGAAGGGAGACGAAGAAGAAGCCCAUGGUGCUAUGGGGAAACAAGAGGGGAUCAUAGUACCGGAAGAAAACUAUUACAUGACCGGAGCGAAUGCUGAGCCAGACGAGCUGGUCAAGGGAAAGCAUUUCGACGAAGCUCCAACUAUUACAGACCUUCUAACUAAUCAUCCGAGAGCGCUUACAGCAGUGCAACCUGAAUUGCUAGAGCCUAUUACUGCAGUUGCUGCCAUCGAUAGUGGUGAAGAAACCGCUUUCGAGAUUUCGGAGAAAGACACACAACCGCGUCCACGAACGCAGUCAAUCAUACGGCUAGCACAUGCAGGCAAGGAAGAAUCUACUUCCUCUCCGGCAACGACACGUGUGCCAUUGUUCAGACGUCCACCAAUCACUCCCCGAUCAGCCACGAAGGAGACUGCAAGCUCACCAAUUUUUGCGCCAACUUCACCAAUUACACCCAAAGCUCGUCAGAACCGACCGAAGUCAACUGAAUUCCACUCGCGAGAAUUCAGGCCUUUGUACCUGGUCGAGAGACACACUCCAGUGAAAGCUGAAAUACCUGUUGAUGAUGACCUGCCAACACUUCCUCCCCUUCCACCUAGUCGAACUACGUCGGCAUAUGGUUCGACGGAAGACUUACAAGGUCUCGCUGCAGCCUCUGUGUCUGACAGUGAAGCUGAGGACAAGCGAGGCAGGACGGAUCGCAGACGUAGCUGGUCUGGUGGUGAGAUCAGAGUGAAGAAAGAAACCACGGACUCCAGAUCUGUCACUCCUGUGCCAGGUGAGAGACAGCGAGCAAGAGAACAGCAGCAACAACUGGUUCAGCCAAGACAGCCAACGAGUCGUCGUGAACUGCCGAAGAAUCUGUUCCAUUCACCUAGUGAACUGUUGCAAGAUCCUGCAUUAUUUGCCGAGCUCGAGGAGGAGGAUAUCGUCCCAAGAUCUGCUAGUCCUUUGCCAAGUGUGGCCAGCACGACAGAUGAUCAAGAAUUCAUGAGCGCGGAAAGUCGGCCGGAUACGCCUACCAUGGAUUGGAACCGAUCACCUCCUUCACAAGAGCUGACAUCCAGUGUGGCAUCCUCGCCGCCUGCUCGACGAGCGUCGCCGUUCAGGUCGCCACCUACCGGUCCAUCACCUUCAUUGCCACAAAGGACACCGUCUGAGAGUGCUGUGCCAGUCGUCAGGUCGUUGUCAAAGUCACCUGUUGGAGGUGUCACUCCUCCAUCGAGAUCUCAAUCUGCUUCACCGUUCAAGCAUCGAACCAGCAGUGGAAUCUCUUCGAGAGCAGCUGCUCUACUCGGUGGAACAGCUCUUGGUCUUGCGAUUGGCGGUAUGGCUGCCGAGGCACACAGAAGUCAAAGCGAGACCAGAGAUGCAGAUGUUGCGCUCUCUGAGGAGUCAUUUGCUGCUGCCGAAGAUGAGAACAAGCGACCAAGCAUUUCCAUCACAGAACCUACGCCUGUUGAGAGUAGAAGAGCACUCCAACCGCACGAAUUUUCACCUAAGCUUGAACCGCAACAAGAGGAAUCAAUUGAGAAGGACAUUUUGCAGUCAGGUGGAACAAAAGAUCUCGAUAUUGGAAAACCGGUGGAAUUGUCCAAGAGAACACUGGAAUCAGUCGAUGGUAAACACCUUGCCGAUGACGACAAGACAGCUGACUUGAUGACCAAGGUCGAGGAAAAGCCUGAUCUGCCUGAAGAUGUCAAAGAACAGGUAGAUGACAUUGUGCAUGGUCUUGAGUCCGAAGCAGUUCCGGUCGUUGAUCAGUCAGCCGACAUGGGAGAUUUAGCAGCUGCUCCAGAAGUGCCCCACGCUGCUGAAGACCGGACUAUCGAGAAAGAUCUCGCUGGCGAAAUAUUCACAUCUGAUAAGAAUAUGACGCGUGAAGAACACCUGGGAUCAGUCACUGACGCUAGACAAGAGCGCAGUGAAGCUUUCGCACCGACUGCGGAAGAUCUGAAUCGUGCAAACACAAAGCUUGGUGCCUUCGAGCUUGCCUUUGCUCGCGCAGUCAACUCGCGAGGUCUUCCUGAAGAAACUACUCGUGAGCAAGCACUCGAAGCUUUCCUGCCUCUACGCAACAAUGCUCCCUUUGUACCAAAAGACAAGCUUAGUCCAAUCGCUGGAAGUGUUCCAUCAAGCGUGAGUGUGUCCCCAUCAGAGAGCCAGGACAGAGACUUGCCCUUGACAGACGAACCUUCGCACGACCUUCGUGCAGGCAAAAAGUCUACUAAGAAGGACAAGAAAAAGGACAAGAAGGAUAAGAAGAAGACGCCUUCAAGUCGGCUUAGCCAGGAGUUCAAUCUUGAGGACGUCACCCAGGAGAUAGAUCAACCAUUAGAGAUUGUGGAAUUGCUGGGGGCAGAACAGCCAAGUGAGGUUGCGACCAAACAGGAAGAAUCGCUCGAAGAUGCUGACCAAGGUCUGCAACUUGAGGCGGCUGAGCCAGUAGCCGAAGCCGAACCAGUCAAGGGAGGUAUCGUCGUCGGUUCACCAAAAGUCUCGUCGAUAAUAGUGGACACUGUACCCACUGAUGCUGUGAAGAGAGGACCUUCGCUACCUGAACCUGUCAGCUCCGACCAAAAGGUCAGCAAUAGCGACAUGGUCACACCUGUAAUGGAAUCCCAGCAUGAAGCUGGACAGUCUGAACCACACUAUACACCAGCCGAGCCAGGAGUGGUCGCACGUCAAGCGCCAGAAGAAGUUGAAGGUUCUACUGAGCCAACAACACUAUCUGCAAAGCCUGCACAAGCCGAAAUCGAUGAUGAGGACAAAGCUAAAUCAGUAGAGGCAAUGCAGGACACAGAAGAACUAGAGAUUAGUUCGAGCUCGAAAUCAAAGAAAGGCAAGAAGGGCAGAAAAGACAAAAAGAAAUCCCUGACUGAGCAAGCAUUCAACCCUGUUCUUGGAGUUUUGAGUGCUGCAGCUGGGGGAUUCGGUCUUUGGGGAAGCAAGAAGCCGGAGAACACUGCAGAGGCCGAUGCGGAAGAUGACGAUGAAGAAGCAGAAGAUGUGCUUCCGCCUGAAGUCGCGAGUCAUGCAAAGUCUGAGUUGAGCCAGCCAUUACCUGAAGAGCCAGUCGCUCAGCAGGAUCUGGACAGACUUGAACUUGAUACCCAGGAUACUGUCGAUGAGCCUGUAGCCACGAUCGGAGAGCUCGAGGCUGAAGCUGAAGUUGACGCCGACACUACAGCUCAAGAUCGCGCGUCAGCUGAGGAACAAUUACCAUGGGACUUUGGCCUUUCUUCCAAGGAAAAGAAGAAGAAAGAGAAAGCGAUGCGGAGAGAUGGCACAUGGGAUGACCGCAUCACUCAGGAGUCUAUCGAUGCUGUGCUGGCUGACGAAGCUGCUUCCCCAGCUGAGGUUCCACCAAAAGAUACCGAAGCGUUCUUGCCCGUCAGUGGACUUGAAGGGGGCAGAGAUGAAUCUAGUAGGGAUGUAGCAGAUCCGAAGGUUCAGCAGCAGAUCCCAUGGGACUUCGGCCUAUCUAAGAAGGAGAAGAAGAACAAGGAGAAAGAGAUGAGGCGUAAGGGUACUUGGGGCAUGCGGGUUACACAAGAAGACAUUGAUGCACAAGCAAUUGAUCUAGAGGCUGACAAGCCACAUGACACUUCUGAACCAGUUGAAUCUGCCCUAUCGAACGAAGCUGAAGUCCCAUUAUCUGCGGCUGGAGAACGACAAGAUCUGUCAGAGCAAGUUGAAGAGCAGGUUCCGUGGGACUUUGGGCUUUCCAAGAGGGAGAAGAAGGCCAAAGAGAAGGACAUGAAACGUCAAGGCACAUGGGACAGUCGCGUAACUCAGGAGAUGAUUGAUGCCAGCUCGCAGGUCGAAGAGCAACCUUCGGAGACCAUAGACAUCGACGCUGGGCCUCCUGCUUCCGAACCAGAAUCUGCCCCUGUUUCAGCAGCCAACAAGUCCAUGAAUGACAGAGAGGAUAUCGCAAUUCUAGAACUGGGCAGUGACGCCGAGGCUCAAGAAGCUAAGAAGGAGGUUACGACUGAACCUGUGCAGAGAUCUAGGUCCGGAGCUGCAGCUAUAGGAGCUGACGAGCUUGAACAACGUCCGCUUGAGCCACUGGCGCAGAAAGAAGCAGCGCUUAUUCCAAUUGUCAACGCAGCUGAAACACUGCUAGAGGCCAGUGAUGAACUUGAUCGAGCUGGCAACACAACAAAUUCGUUCUUGGACGGAGACGAGGCAACGAGCAACAAUGCUCCAGACGAGCAAGCACAAUCACACCUACCGGCAGUCGUUCUCGAUCUACUGAACAGGAGACAAUCUGUCAGUGAUUCUGCAAGACAACAACACCAACCAGCAAGGAGCACAACGCCCAACAUUGACACUGAAACACUCGAGUCGAGUCCCGAUGUCCCCAGAAGUCUCGAAGAAGAGCUGGAGCAAACUUCACGAGUACCAUCGACAAUUCAGACAGAGCAGUUCAAAUCAACUAUACUUGAAGAUCCGAACUUAUCGAUAGUACCAGAACGGUCUCGCGACCAAGAACAAGACAGCGCCGAACUCGUUGAGCCUUCAUUCAGUAAAUCUGUCGACGACACUCCUGCUGCCACCGAGGACGAUACCUGGGCUGUGCCUAGCAGGAAAUUAAAGAAGAAAGACAAAAAGAAGCGAAAGAGCACAAUUGAUUGGACUCUGGAAGAGCCUGAGACUGCUCAGCCAGAAGUGACUGGCCUUCUGCCCGAAGGAGUUCGCUCUUUAGAUGACGAGGGCGACCACACUUCUGGCGUUGUCGCAGAUCAAGCACCGCUUGUCGCAGAACCUGAAUCUCUACGUGAUACAGCCGAGGCUGAAAUCUUAGAUGUUCAUCUACCUGCUGAAGAGGUAUCCAAAAGUGCGGCCACUCCUGCAUCUAAGAAGUCGAAGAAAGACAAGAAGGCCAAGAAGCGCCAAUCACCUGCUGACAUUAAAGCUGAAGAAGCACCUCUUCCCGAGGCGAUCGAGGACGAAGCUAUUGAUGCUCCUCUGCCAUCGGAUACUGCCACGGGAAUUAGUGAAGACAAGCUAGCUGAGGAUGUUGUUUCUGACGUUCCGCCAGCUCAGGAUGAAGAAAUGGUUGAAAUUGAUGGCAUCAUGUUGACGAAAGCUGAAGCUGAGGCACUGGCCAUUGACCUGGGUCUUGACGAUCCUGCCGCAGAGGACGAUGAUAAGCACUCUCUAGAUGUCAAUCUUGGUCGACCUCCAACAGAUACAGUCAAAGUUGAUGAUGCCGUAUCUGUAGACGUCAAUCUGGGUCGACCUAUGGAAGAUACAAUCGAGCCUCCUCUGGAGUCGAAAGAGAUUGGGGAGGUGGCGGACAUGUCACGCGAAGCAGGAGCAGAUGCGGCAUCUACUCCUGUUGUACCUGUCGAGGCCGCUGCGGCAGAUCAAAGCAAACUUGUUGAGACUCACGAACGGGGGGUCACGCCAAAGACGUCAGUCGAAGCUAUUGAGGACGAUGAACAGCACCUUCCGGAAGACGUUUGGGCCGACACUCAGACAACAGAGCAAGUACGACAAGGCUAUGCAGAUCCAACCAUUGACGAAUUCUUCGACGUACCAAAAUCUCCUCGUGGCGACGACGAUUCUUGGAUCAAAGGCAACAAGAAGGGCAAGAAAAGUAGGAAGGGAAAGAAAACUUCUAGCUCUAGCGUCUCCAGUAGCGUUGAGGAUGUAUCAGCGCCAACAACGCCGACCAUUGAGAAAGAGUUGAGCCUGCCCGAGAGUGAGUCAGUGAACAGCGCAGAGCAAGCACUGUUACCUGCACCGGAGGCACAAGUGCUGAAGGACGAACUAGCACCUGAAGUUGAUACACCUACGAUCGUUGGCCAAGAUCAAUCCGUUUCCUUGAGCGGUCCGGAUGCUGAAUUCAAGUCAGCCGCUGCUGAGGCAGAUACGAUAGCCACAUCUUUGCCACCAGUAGCAGCUAAUGAGGGUCUAGCAUUGGAUACACCAUUCGAGUCACCACUGGCUACACCUGUUAAUGAGCGUAUGACAAAUCCGCUCGACGAGGCCGCAAUAGUGCCAUUACCUGAAACACCGUUGGAGGAGAACAAUGAGCUUUCAUGGGCUCCAUCGUUAUCUAGACGCUCAUCUAAGAAGAACAAGAAGCGGAAGAGCGUCAUCUGGGCCGACGCAGAUUCUGUACCAGGCACGCCUGCCAGCGAAUCUGGACUGGAGCUGAUAGUACCACCUUCUCCUGAACGUGUAUACAAGGACGACCUUGAUACUCAGGCCCCUACAGACCAGAAAGAGGCCACUGCGGACACAAGCAGAAGAGAACGCAAACUAGAAGACUUGGAACCUGAGAUCGUGGCUGAGCCAUUGGAGAUUGAGAGCAAGCCUCUGGAGGAGCUGUCGUCCGCUGCAGAAGAAGUGGAACCACCUGUGUCAGCUGAAGCUGAGGCUGAAGACGAGUGGUCCGUUCCUGUGAGUGUUGGCAAGAAAGGCAAGAAGGACAAGAAGAAAAAGAAGAAAGGUACUUUUUCUGAAGCUGGACCUGAGUCUGUACCUGUGUCUGUAGUAAAAUCAGCAGAAGAAGCUCAAGAACUUCCUGUUGAGCAGAAAGCAAUUGAGACUUCAGCGGAUGAACCUGUGGAAGCCGCCGAGGCGGAUGGUCAACGAGCACUACUGCCAGCUUUCGAAGAGGCUGCGCCCUUACAACCACAAUCAGUCGACGAAGAUGAGUGGGCUCUACCAAGUAAGAAGUCGAAAAAGGACAAGAAGAAGAAAAACCGUGGCUCGACAACUUCUCUGUCUCUGGACGAUCCAAGUGAAGAUGCCGGAACCUUCACUGAAGAAGCUACUUCAGCAGGCGAUGUCACACGCGGCAUAGCGCUCACCGAUGAUCAAAUCGCAAGUGAGACACAUGCUCCAACCAUGCCUGAAUCUGAGGCUAUUCCAGUCGAUAUCGCCUCGCAAUCUACGGAUCUUAUUCCCGAACCCGUACUUGUGGCAUUGGAAAAGGCCGAGGACACGUCCGCAGAACUGCUUGCAGAAGACAAAGAGCAACUUCCGACUGAACCCGCUUCGCAAGACAAGUCAUCUGAAAGUCAAGCGCAGCCUACUACAACCUCAAGUCUGAGCGCGGACCAAUCUUCCAUUUCACCGAGCGAGCAACUGAACAUAGUUGGCCACGUUCAGAGACCUAUGGAAAGUGCGGACUCACCUAGCCCUACAGACGACUUCACAGCAGGCCUGCAACUUCCUUCACAAGAACUCUCUGACACAAUACACGAUACUUUACCUCGCUCACUUGAUUUAGUUGAGACGAUCGACGAACUCGGAGAUGUUUCCUUGCCUGGGGAAGAAGUUAUGCAGCAGACCCCCCAAUCUGCGAAAGAGGCGCCUGGAGGACAGGAUCAAACCUUGCCCAUCACGACUGCGGCUCACCUUGUGCCCUUGCCAGAGUCAGAUUCUGAGGCUGAUGUUGAAGUGCCCGCUGCGAUUGAUGUCGGAGCCGAGGCCUCCACCCUGCCGGAUCGUAUCAGCGAGGGCAUGAAUGAUGCUAAAGUCGAAGCAAUGCCGCGAUCUCCAGAAACUUCACGUAAGGAGAUGUCUAUGCCUAGGUCGGAGAUAGAGCCUGCCGCAGAAGUCGUUGAUCCUUCCCAACAAGCCGAUACUGCCGAUUCCAGCACUGCGCCGGUUCUUACCGAGGCGGAGGACGAAUGGGCUUUACCGGUCAAGAGCAGCAAGAAAGACAAGAAGAACAAAAAGAAGCGUUCGAAAACUACCUUCUCAGACCCUGAACCUACAAACGAAGGUCCCUCUGCUCCAGAGGUUACCCAUGAUAUUGCGGAUCCUGAAUCUUUGGAAAAGCCUGUUCUGGCACGAGACACGGCGGCGGAGCCUGAAGCGGCAUCAUAUGAGUCUACGCAGAUCGAAGCCCUACAGGAGGAAUUGUUAACAGAACCUGCUGUUGAGGUAACGGCUGAGCAUGAAUGGUCGACGUCUACAAGCAGCAAGAAAGGCAAGAAGGACAAGAAGAAGAAAAAGCGUGGCUCAACUCCAGCGGUUGAUGGAACACCCGAGCCUACCGUGCCUGAUUUGUCAAUAGCGCCUGCAGAAGUUACAUCGACUACGGCAAAAGCUGACGAGAAAGAGGCCGACGAACCUGCUGAAGUUGUGGAACCUGAUAUUUCAGUCAUGGCACCAGAGGCUGAACGACACCUGGAACAACAUUUGGAAAGAGCACCUAUCCGAGCAUCUGUUUCCGAGACCAUCAAGGACGAACCUGCUACUACAAGCGAAGAUGUGUCAGAAACUUUCAACCAAGGGAGCCAGGAUGACGUUGCCGUGCAUGAGCUGGAGCUGGCAUCUGAAGUAGAACUCACGGCGACGCGAGCGAUUGAUACCACAGUAUCUGAGCCUAAGGUACAGCUCGAGAAAGAGGAACCGGCAGCGGCAGAAUUACCUAUUGAAGUGGACGAUGCGGAGCCCGAGGUCACCGAAGCAGACGACACUGAAUGGUCCAUAUCAAGCAAUAGCAAGACGAGCAAGAAGGACAAAGAGAAAAAGAAGCGACAAUCAAUCUUGCCCGACGCGCCAUUGGUAGCUCUAGUCAAGCCGUUACAAACAUUAAUUGAGCCACUAGCCACACUGGUCGCGCCAUUGAAAACCCUUGUCGACCCUGCUGUUGAGCCUACUGGUGCUUUGACUGUCGUUGCAGAAGAACCACCUGUUGAUGAUUCUGUCCAACCUGUCGAUGAACCAGCCACUAUCAAAGACGAGCCUGACAGCACAAUCGAAAUAUCAAGAGAGAUUGCUCAAACAGUCCCUCACGAUGCCAAUUCGGACCAUCAAACGAGUCAAGCAAUUCCUGAAACAAUUGAAAACACUGGAGUGCCUGCUGCUAAGCCUGAAGACGACGAAUGGGCACUACCAAGCUCGAGCAAGAAGAGUAAGAAAGACAAGAAGGAUAAAAAGAAGAAAAAGUUUAUGCAACUCGAGGAUGUUGAAGUUUCUGAAAGCACUCAAGCAGAAUCCGAGGUCCAAGGCACACAAACCGUUGACGAGCCACAUCUCGUCCACCCCGAAGCACGAGAGCUGACAGAACAAGAACCAGCGGUAUCCGAACCUAUAACCGGAACGACUGACGUUCAGCCUGAAGAUGAGGAAUGGGGAUUUUCGUCGUCUUCAAGCAGAAAGAAAAAGGACAAGAAAAAGAAGCGAAAGUCACUCACCGCUGAUGCCGAAGCUGAAGAGCAGUCAAGCCCACUCAUAACCGAUUCGACCAUUCCUGCUGAAGUAGACGCUACCGCUGAGGUGUCAGUUUCCGAAGUAAUUGGAGCUGACGAGCCGUUGCCUGAAGUCACAGAAGAUGAGAAGCUGGCGCUAAGUGAUGAAACAGCGAAUCUCAUUGUCGAUGAGCCGACGAACAUUGCUGAAGAACAAUCAGCUGAUAAGAUACAAGUCGAGGUGGAAACCACUCCUACCGAUGAGAUUCUGGACGUCAAAGCCAUCGAUGAACUCGAGACUGCACCACUUACAGUCGAGACCGAACGUGCAGCCGUCGCAGCAAACGAAGAGCAAGCUCAAGAGCACUCCGGCGCUGUCGACUUGAGGGACGAGCCACUGGCCGACAUCCAGCACGAUGAAACUGCCCAGCCUGUAUCUCUGCCCAAAACCGAAAUCUCGACCACAGAGGCGUUGCAGACCGAUACUCUGAAGCCUGCGGAAGGGGAUUAUACGAUACAUGACGAUGUUCCAGUUCAAGCACCCACAGAAAUUGACGAAGCAGCUGAGGACGAGUGGUCUGUGCCAAUUGUGGGCAAGAAACCCAAGAAAGACAAGAAGAACAAGAAGCGACAACCUAUGGCUGGGAAUACUCCUGAGCCCGCGACCGAAGAAGAUCUUGCACGCGAAGUAGCAGUGACGGAGGAGCUUGAGCUCCCUCAAGAAUUCGUCCCUCAGCCUGAUGCAGCCGAGAUUGUCAAUGAAGAAGAGCUCUCGACUAUGCCUGCGGACAAUGAUACAUCAGUCGAGCAAGCUAAAGUGGCUGACUCUGUGGCUCCAGAGCCAGAGGAGGAAUGGGUCCUGCCUUCCAGCUUCAGGAAGUCGAAGAAGGACAAGAAAAAGAAGCGGCAAUCUGUGCUGCAGGAUGAGCCUUUGGAGGAACAAGCCAUCUCAACGACAACCACUACGCCUCUGCCGGAGCCUGAUGAUGCAGCAGCUGAAGCAAUCGCUAGCACGACUGGGAUCGAUGACUCAGCUCCUCAACAAACGAAGUUCGAAGAUGCUUUCGCGUUGGAUGAAACAGAACCACACCGGGAUGCUGAGCCAGUAGUCGAGGACGAAUGGAGUUUCUCUUCCUCGAGCAAAAAGGGCAAGAAGGACAAAAAGAAAAAGCGCAAGUCCUUGCUCGAAGACGAAGCUGCUAUUGUACAGGAAGUCAUUUUGACGCCUUCUACUCCGAAACCUCUAGCCGAGGAGGCCUUGCCUGAACCUGCUACCAAAGAAGAGCGAUCGUUUGACACUGCUGAGCGAGAACCAGAUGUGGCUGCUGAGGAUGAGCUUACUUUGCCCACACAGGUCACUGACAUUGUAUCUGAAAAUGAAUGGUCAUCAGCGGCUCCUAGCAAGAAAGAUAAGAAGCAGAAGCGGAAGGCAUCUGCUAAUGCAGUCGUGGCUGUAGAACCUACUACAGUCGACCCAGUAGAAGUGUCCGAGGAAGUGACGGCCAAGGAUGUGAGCCUUCCUGCUCCAGAUGCGGAAGAAAUUGUGACAUUGAAUGAAGAGCCAACCUUAGAUGAACCUACAACCAUCCUGUCAAAAGCGGCCUCAGAUCUUUCACUCGUUGCAGAAGCCACGACACCCGUCGAACCUUCAACGAGCUCGGACGAGCCGACCAAGCGACCCAUCGACACAGAGCCUACAGUGGUCAGUACCCAAGACCAAGAUGACGAUGAGUGGGCUCUUUCAACUUCGGGCAAAAAGUCGAAAAAAGACAAGAGGAAAAAGAAGAAGACCACUCCAUUCGAUUUGAGCGAGCCUGCGACGCCCGUUGCGGAAGCUGAAGAGAUGGCAGCUGAAAAAUCCCUACUGAUCGACCCUAUCGCUUCAAAUGCAAAUGAGCCGACUACAACGGCAGACCCAAUUGUUCCUGACGAGGACAAUGCAAUAUCUCUAUUGCCCGAAGCGAGACAGCAAGAAGCCUAUAUUGAGCGUGCUCCAACUACCGCACCUAUCGAGGGUUCAGAGCGUGGGCUCGAGAACGAGCCAGUACAAUCGGAUAUUGAUCGUCCCGAAGAAAUUCCCCUCCCAUCUCAAGCCAUAGAGGAAAUUGAAGAGAUAGAGUCCUUCCCGGAAACCAAGGAUCAUGACACUUUGAGUGCCAUCCCCGAAGCUAUGGCCGAGCUUGUCUCAGGACCCAGCACGACGGUGGAUGCGAUGUUGCCCUUGGAAAAAGAAACUCCUGUUGAGCCAGAACCUGUAGCAGCAGAGGACGAAUGGUCCAUGCUGACGAAGAAGUCAAAGAAGGACAAGAAGAAAAAGCGCAAGUAUACACUGCAAGAUGAGCCAACUGAGCAAUCAGAACUACCUGAAACGGUUCCAGAUUCUGUCGAAAACGUACAGGAUGAAGCUGUCAUCGUGCCAGAUGUCCCACUGCCAGCGAUUGAAGACGUCCAGACUGCCAAUCUUCCUGCCGAUGCAUCAGCCGAAGCGACGAUACGAACGGAGAAGAUUCCACCUCACAGUGGAAGUGAAAUGCCGUCCUCAAGAGAUAUGGUUAAGGAGGAUCAAGCACCAGUGACCGCAUACGAACCAUCAACACAUCCAACCAUAGUUCAAGAAGCACAAUCAGUUCCUCUGCCUGAGUCUCCAGCACUUCAAGCCACUUCCGAGUACACGAAAGUUGAAGCCGCACCUCUAAAGCUUGUCGACCUGGACCUAUCCGAGGACAGUCAACCCACACGGCCGCCCGUAGUUCGAGGGCAGCAUUUAGUCGAGAAAUCUGUCACUAUGGGCGAAGAUCAACUCCUUCUUGCAGAUCCUGCGCCCGCGCUAACGCCAGAUCCGCUUUCCCAUGAACCUACUGAACCCGAGAGUUCAGCUCGGACAAUCGAUGAAGCAGGCGACGAAACAUGGGCACUGCCAGUCAAGAAGGCGAAAAAGGACAAGAAAAAGGGCAAGAAGAGUCGUUCGCAGUCAGUCACUGGAGAUGUCGACAUGGAUGAGCCUACUCCUGUUGACCCUGUCGAGCCUGACACUUUCGAAGAGACUGUGUCGGAAGCUGUUGAUCCUGUUACACUUCCGAUCGAGCCUACCAUUGUAGAUCCUGCUGCAACUGAUGUGGAAGUAGAGGACGAGUGGUCGGUACCUGCAACUGCAAAGAAGACAAAGAAGGACAAGAAAAAGAAGAAGGGCAGCCGAGCAGUGUCCACAGCCGACGAGAGUGGUAUCUCAACUCCACAAGAAGAUCUUGAAUCAUAUUUGCUGCAAGCCGAACCUGCAAUUAAACCAGUUGACAAUGACCCUCUUGCAGACGAGGAGCCUAGAGGUGCGGCAGCACCGCCCGACCAAGGACCCGUGGAACCAUCGAUCGAUCUCGAAGUCCAGUCCUCCGAGCCGCACAUCACUGUUGCGGAAGAGAGGGCUAUAGAGGCAGUGCAGAGAGACGCAACUGAAGAGCCUGCACGUGAGGCUACGGAUACUUUCGGAGCUACUCUCAAUGACCCUGCCAUGGUUACGCCAGCUGAAGAGUCGCAAGAGUGGUACACCAAGCCUACCUCGAAGAAGUCGAAGAAAGACAAGAACAAGAACAAACGUGCUUCGACAUUCGGCGAGACUGAGCCCUCUCUUGCGGAACCACGGGCAGAAUCGGCAGAUCAGACGAAAGCACAGGACGUUACCCAACAAUCACUGUCUAGACGAGACUCGACAGAGGUCAUUGACGAGCCAACGCACCAACCGGAAGUGAUCGAGGAAGCGAUGAACACUCCAAAAGUGGACGAAGACGCCGUCGCAGAAGAAGGCCAGAUGGAUGCAGUCGCGAAAGACACACUAAUGGAGGAAGGACUUAUGCGCGACAACACCGACACUUCUUUUGACCGUUCCAUCCAAAGCGAAGCGGCAAACCUCGUGGCGAAGCAGGAAGAAGACUUAGCGUCAGGUCAAGAUGAUGCCUCAGCAAGAGUCACAGACGACAGAACGCCAGCCGAUGUCUAUGAACCUGAGCCAGUUAUCGACCCCGUAGAGAAGGGUCAGCCAAGCUUUGACAACACCGAUACACAGGAAGACCAGACCACAGCUGAUGUGCCUGUCGCUGACGAGCGCGCUAAUAAAUCAACCUUGAAAGACGUUCACUCAACUCCAGUCGUUGUUGCUAUUCCAGCAGAGAUGGCGAUGGAACAACUUAGAGGUAGCACGGACAGGCAACUUGAAGAGCCAGAGGAUGAGUGGUCUGCGCCGACUAAGAAGUCGAAGAAGGACAAGAAGAAGAAACGCAAGUCUGAUGUUGAUGUCCCCGAUCUAGAAACUGGUACCUCUUUACCUCAUGACGAGCCGCUUGAGCUUUCCCAUACUGAAGCCAGCGGGGGCAACAACGAAGCAAUGGAGGAUGAUCAAGUACAACCUACUGUUCUGGCUGAGAAUGAGAAGACCAUGGAGGCAUUGGUCAAGAGUGGGGAAAAGCCAAUGCUUGUGGAUGCAGAAUCUCAACACAUUGCGACAGAGCCUGAAGUGUUACUUGGUCCAGCACGAGCUGCGGAAGUGAAGGUCGAAAAAGACGAAUGGGCUCUACCGGUAAAGGCAUCAAAGAAAGACAAGAAAAAGAAGCGAAAGUCGAGCGCUGCCGAACCGAGUUCUGGAGUUUCCACGCCAGCCAUCGAGACCGACAUAGAUCUUGUUUACGACAAGGACAUUGUGGACACCCCUGCACAAGUCGAGCAGCCAGCGCAACCUGUGGCGGUAGCUGAGCUGUUAGCAGGCAGCAAAGAAAUUUCUGAGCCAGCAAUAGAGGAACAAGCAGAAGCCGCUGAAGAUGCAUGGGCAAUGGCUACUCCUGUCAAGAAGUCCAAAAAGGACAAAAAGAAACGCAAAUCCAACAUGGUCGAAGCAGAGCCUCAAAUGCAAGAUCCUAAGGAAGCACUUAGUGAACCUGUGCUGUCUGAAGCUGUAGAAGCUAUCGACACGCCACACUCUGUUGAAGCAUCCGCGCCAGAACCACUUCCAGCAACCAAAGCUGCACGAGAAAUUUCUGCAGAGGACUCGUUACUUACUGACGAUCCUCAGCCCGUCACACCUGCAAUUGAGCAGGAUGUCGAGGAUGAGUGGGCUUUGUCAACAGCGAAGAAGUCGAAGAAGGACAAGAAAAAGAAAAAUCAAAAUUCUGCCACAGCCAGCAGCUAUGAGCCAUUAGCUGAUGAGUCGGAAGUGCGAAUGCCACCGCCUGCACCAUUCAAAUCAGAAAGUGCAAUGGACGAAGAUACCGGUAUGGCGGAGGUGGCACUACCUGAGCAAGAUGUAGAAGAUUUCUAUCGAAACUUUGCGCCUAGACAAGAACGAACGAUCUUGGCGGACCCAGAACCAAUGGAGGCGGAGCAAAGCGCAUCACGGUCUCAAACAAUUGCGCUUGAAGAGCUAAUGCCAUUGCAAGACGUGGUAGUCAAAGAGCAAAAGGCUCAAGUAGAAUCACCAGACCCAGAGGAAUUCUACAAGGUGCCAUUCAAAAAGUCAGAAGGUGUGAGGAUGCCACAAGAGGAGGAACCUGAAACUCCUUUGUCGCGCAAGAGCAGUAAGAAGUCCAAGAAGGAGAAGAAGCCCAAGAGGGCGAAUGCCAAUGAAGAUAUUGAAACGAUAUCGGAGCAGCGAGAAGCUGAAGAAAUGUCUACAGCCCAACAGAAUAUACCUCGAAAAGCAUCACAGGAAUGGACAAGUCAACCAAUCGCAAUCGAACAAGUACCAACUGCUGAGGAUAGCGACGGCUCGCAAGUGAGUGAGACGACAAGAGAGCGUCGACGACGAAGACGUUCGCCUCAAUUGACGAUAGAGCACGACCCUGACGAUCUACCGCGAAACCGUGCUCUGACACCACCUCCGGAUCACGACGAUCUUAUGGAUACCGCGCUUGGCAUUGCAGCUGGACUUGGUCUUGGUGCAGUAGCUGAUGCCGGCCAAUCGAGAAGUGGUCGUAUACAGUCAGAACGAAAUGUUCCAGCUAUACAAACUCCUGGAUGGUCGUUUGCGAACGUCGAACAAAGUCAACCGACAGUGCGAGACAGCGGUGUACAAUUUGACUCACCUCAAGACGUACAGCAUGUAUUCCCUCGAGACAGAGAUAGUGGCUAUCCGAGCAGUCCUCAGCUUCCUCCACAACAUGGCAAGCAAAUGAUACAAGAAGCAAGUGAACCACUACGAUCACUACGACCUCGUUCUACCGCGAGCUCGUCAGGCAGUGUCUCACCAGCUGGCGACUUCUCCACGCAGCACAGAAGACAAAGAUCUGAGCUAGAACCAACCUCGAAGGAGCGAGACUCUCUUCUGUUCGAGUCGUCACCAGCUGGACCAGACAGCGCAUCUAGAGGUCCUCCCGAACUUGCGCACUUACGAACGCAAUCGGCGACGACACCAAGAACAUCAGGGGAGAUUGUACAGCCUCGAUCCGGGUCAUCAGUCGGCAGUCGGCGAGUGAGUCCUAGCAUGCGCAUGAUCCGAGAUAGCUACGGUAAUCUUCGAGAGUCAACAACAUCGCCAACCUCAUUGCGAUCACAGAAAGAUUCGUUUGGUAAUCUUCGAGCAGUCGCAGGGUCACCUCUUUCACCUCGAGCAGGAAAACCCGAAGGACUAUCGUCAAAUCUACUCGACCGAGUACAAACGCAGGAUAUUGACCGACAAGCUUUCAGCCCAUCUCCACGGCACUCGAAUGAGCGACCUUUCUCGCCUAGAGGCAGCAGCAGCCUUGGUACCAUCGAUGAGAAUACAGGUCUUGCCUUGGGCGCAGCAGCACUAGGAAUUGCUGGUGGGGCAGCACUCUUAUCACGUGAACGUGUAGGUGGAUCCCUCAGCAAAUCGCGAACGAACUCGUUGCGGAACCUGCGCCAGUUCAGUGACACUCAAGAACCACAGCAGCCUCAGUCGGCUGAUGGUGCAGCACGCGACAGAAGCGCCUCGAUGGCCGAGAGUUAUAACGGCUAUGGCGCUGCACCUUCCUCUCCUCGAUCUCCUUCACGGCCUCCCUCUUUGCGCAAGCGACAGUCUCUGAACCAAGUCCUCGAUCUGCAAGCACGCGUCGAUCAACUUGCCGAUGAGAACAGAGGGCUGCUUGAACAAAAAGCCCUCGCCGAACGACACAUUGAAGAUUUGCACCUCGAACACAGCAAAGCCGAUUCUGCGACAGAAGAAGCCCUUCGCACUGUGAAUGAGCAGCUCCGUCUACGCGAUGAAGAGAUCGAACAGUUGAGAGAGGAGAUUGGCAAAAUUGCUGCAGCUCGAGACGCCCUGAGAGAAGAGCACGAGAACAAAUAUACCCUUCUCCUCAACGAGAAAGACACAGCGCAUGCCAGAUUUCAAGAGACGAGUCGCGACCUCGAGCACUUGAGGAGCGAGCAUGAGUCAGUCUCGAGAGGUGUGGAAGGUGUCAUUGCUGCCCAAGUUGGUGCCGCUGUUACUGCCCAAACCACCGACUUGGAAGACGCGCUUGCCGACAAGGAUGCCGAGCUACAAAGAUUGCGCCGUGAUCUGGAGGUCGCAAGAGCCAAGAUCAGAGACUUGCAGUCUAAGAUUCUGGCUAGAGGUGUCGAUGAAGUUGUCGUUGUACGUGACGAGGACUACUUCGACACUGCGUGCCAGCAGUUGUGUCAGCACGUCAAACAAUGGGUCCUGCGAUUCAGCAAAUUCAGCGAUACCCGAGUCUGUCGCUCUACGAGUGAGGUUCGCGACGAAAAGAUUGUUGACCGUUUCGACAAUUCAAUUCUUGAUGGCUCGGAUGUGGACGACUUCCUGUCCGACCGAGUCAAACGUCGCGAUGUCUUCAUGUCGGUGGUUAUGACCAUGAUUUGGGAGUUUGUCUUCACCAGAUACCUCUUUGGUAUGGAUCGUGAGCAACGACAGAAACUCAAACAGCUCGAGAAGAACCUCGCCGAAGUCGGUCCUGCGUCAGCUGUACAGCAAUGGCGAGCACUCACAUUGACCUUGCUCGCCAAGCGACAAUCCUUCAAGACACAAAAGGAUGCAGACACCGAUGCCGUCGCAACCGAAAUCCUACAAACCCUUUCCAAGUUCCUACCGCCACCCCAGAACUUGGAACAACAAAUCUUUGACAGCCUCAAGAACGUCAUGCGCACGGCCGUCAAGUUAUCAAUUGAGAUGCGCACUCAAAAAGCAGAAUACAUCAUGCUACCACCUCUACAGCCCGAGUACGACACCAACGGCGACCUAGCCAGAAAAGUCUUCUUCAACGCCAGCCUCAUGAACGAACGAUCUGGCGAAACAAGCAGUAACGAGGAACUCGAAGCUCAACAGGCGAUCGUGCGAAUGGUUCUGUUCCCGCUCGUGGUGAAGAAAGGCGGCGACGAAGGUGGUGGAGAAGAAGAGAUUGUCGUUUGUCCUGCGCAGGUUCUUGUGGCGCGACCUGAAAAGGGGAAACGAUCCAGACGAUCAGGUGGUGGGAGAGAAGAGAAGGAGAGAGCUCAAAGCAGGAUGAGUCAGGCUGCCAUGGCGAGUACCCAUAGUCUGGGUGCGAUGAGUGGUGUGCAAGAGGGGAAUGUGAUUUGA